UGGAAAGCUGUCGGAGCUUCUUUGCAGUCAAACAGCUAUCAGGCGGUGUUGGUGACAGACGGCCACAAGUCCUUCUGUCUCUUCAUCUAUAACUGUGACCUUCUCCAGACACAUGAGGCUGCCAUUGGCUUUUCAGCCUCUGGUAACUUCUCCUUCAACCACCGAAAGGCUAACACGUACAGUUCCAAUGAGGUUGGCUGUAGCAACAGACCUGAGAGUGACUGGAAUACUCUGGUCUAUGCAUUACACUAUGAU